CGGUAAUUGAGUUUGCGAGCGCAGGAUCAGCAAGUUUCGUUGUCGCCUCCCACUCGGCUGCGCGCGCGCCGCCUCACUCGGACGACGAGCGCGCAGUGCACGGCCGCACAACAUGCCAAACCAAUAGCAGACAAAGUGAACAAGUGCUUGGUGACUGUGAAAAGUGAUAUCAUUGUUUCAUCCUUCAUAAUUCUUCAGAUGCCAGUGUGUUAUGAGAUAUGACACGGGAUAGCUACGAAAUGAACACGAACCGCUUGUCCAGGGGUGGAUCCCUGUUCGGAAACGAUCCUCAAGUGCAACUAAGGACAGCUCUUCGAACAAAUGACUUCGCGACGUUUAAGAAACUUCUAAACUACGGCGCCGUUGAUCUCGAACAUGUUUACCCAUAUCCUGAUUACAAGACUUGUCUCGAACUAGCUGUUUCGGAACCUAACAAAAUUGAAUUCGUAAAGUUGUUAUUGCAGCAUGAAGUGCAAGUCAACAGACUUAAUGAAACCCACGGAGCUGCCCCGAUACACUUUGCGGUCGAAAAUGGAAAUCUUGAAGCUUUGGAAGCUCUAUUGGAAGACGAUAGAAUCGAUGUGGACAUUAAGUCUAAAGGGAACACUGCAUUACUAAUGGCAAUCAAAAAAAUACAGGAUUUGGACGAUGAUCGCGAACGUGAGCUUGAUAUUUAUGAAGAUAUGGUGGAGCGGCUUCUGAAAGCAGGCUGCAAUGCAAAUUCUCCAGAUUUGAAAGGCGUUACUCCCGUUUACUCAGCAGCAAAGCAGGGGCUCGAGAGGGUUGUGACAUAUAUCUUGGACUAUUCAAAAGACCCUGUUGAUUUGGAUGUUUACAAAGACGUUCGAGGUAGGACGGCGAGAUAUUAUUUGCAAGAAGCUUUUCCACAUCUUAUAGCAAAAUUCGAUUCCAUCGCCGAAAUCGAAGAGACGAUUGACGUGGAUAAAUUAUUUUCGUAUUUGAGUAGACAUGAAGAGGAUAACUUCAUCCGUGAUUUUACGAAACUUGUUAAGAAAAACGAGCAUCGACCGAUUCUUGCAGCUAAUAAUGGAAUGAAUACGUUGUUACAAAUUGCAGUCGACAAGGGAUUCGAAAAAGUAGUAUUAACUUUGCUCAAUUCGGGAGCAGAUCCAAAUGCUACAUGUUCAGGAAAUACAUCUCGUCCUAUAGCCAUUGCUUGUUAUAAUGGAUUCUGCAAAAUACUCAAAAUGUUUAUCGACAACGAGUCAACGUUAUUUGAUCCAGUAAAUAGCGAAUCCCUUGUUCAAGUAACCGUAAAAGGAAUGCGGUCUGCUUCUAAAAACCCAAAAGCAGAUUUUAAAGGUUGUUUAAACUUACUGCUAACUAAUCCUAAGGUUAACCACCACAUAAACAUUAAUCAUCAAGACAUUAAAGAUAAUACAGCACUUCAUUACGCUGCAAGAAAUGGAGACAAUGACACUGUCUUGGAACUUCUUAGAAGAGGGGCUUGUGUUGGUUUAUACAACAGGUUCAAUGAACCACCGUUGGCGGAUAUAAACGCGAGAACUCUUGAAACGUUCCUGGAUGAAUGUAUUGAACCAAAUGGCGAACGACCUAGUGACGAAGACUAUGAAAUUCGUAUAAAAUACAGUUUCCUCGUUUAUCCUAACAACUCCCUGGAAAAUGAGCUUUGUAAAGUGCCUUUAAUGGAUAAUUCUAACAAUAAUAACACUGUCAAACAAUACGAGGCUAUUUUAGCUCCAGAAACAGAAGCGCUUCUGUACAUGACAAGAAACGAAGAGUUGCGGCCACUUCUUAAACAUCCAGUCAUAACUAGUUUUCUUUAUUUAAAGUGGCAAAGAAUAAGUUGCCUCUUUUACGCAAACAUAACGUUUUAUUCACUUCUAUGGUUAAGUUUAAUUUUGUAUAUAAUAUUGGGAUAUAGCGCCGAGAAGCCAGAAUCUAAAUCUAUCGAAGCAAUAAAUGUCGUAACUCAUAUUGGAGCUAGUAUUGGGCUAAUACUAUUAAUAAUUCGAGAACUUUUUCAGUUAUUAGUGUCACCGACAAGAUAUCUGCAAAGUAUCGAGAAUUGGAUGGAAAUCGCCUUAAUAUUCGUAACAGCAGCUAUUGUGUCUAACGAUUCAGCGCCAGAAUCCACAAAACAACAGUUGUCUGCAGUUGCCAUUCUAUUAUCGUCCGCAGAGCUUGUUUUACUCAUUGGCCAAUUUCCCACAUUAUCAACAAAUAUUGUAAUGUUGCGUACUGUAUCUUGGAAUUUCUUUAAAUUUUUACUUUGGUACUGCAUUUUAAUCAUAGCGUUUGCCUUGAGUUUCUAUACACUAUUUAAAAAAAGUGAAGAACAAGAAGACCAAAAAGCGCCGAACCCCAACAAUACAGGCCCAGAGGAAGAAGAAGAGGAGGAAUUUUUUGAAGACCCAGGAAGGUCUCUAUUUAAAACUAUAGUUAUGUUAACCGGCGAGUUUGACGCUGGAUCUAUUAAAUUCAGUACAUUCCCAGUGACAAGUCAUAUAAUAUUCAUGGUUUUCGUUUUCAUGGUACCCAUUGUUUUGUUCAAUUUACUUAAUGGUUUGGCAGUUAGUGAUACACAGGAGAUAAGAGCUGACGCUGAAUUAGUGGGGCACAUAUCGAGAAUUAAGCUUAUAUCUUAUUUUGAAAGUGUUCUUAUUGGAAAAAUGUAUACACAACCACUAAAAUGCUGGUCCUGGUUGCCCCAUUCCCUACAAGAUUUAAACAUUAUCAAACCACAAAUGCUGUGCAUAAAACCUUUCGCUAAAAGAAUCAGUCUGUUUCCAUUCUUUUUACCUAGAUAUCGAAUAACAGUCAAACCUAACCAAGACAAUAAAAUAGAAAUACCUCGCCCAGAACCGAUUGGCAAAUUCAGUGACGAUUAUGAAGACGUUGAAAGUGGUAAAUGUUGUUUUGAACAGUGUCAGGCCUACAGACUGGACAGAAAAAUAGUUAAAAACGCUAAAGUCAUUAUUCAUAAGAGGACAUACGUAUCCGAAUUUGACGAAGUGAAAAAUAUGCUUUCAAAAUAUGAAACAAAAAUUUCCAGUAUAGAAAGUACACUGAAAAAGGUGCUCCAACAGUUGGAAGCGCAUUAAACUGUCUAAUUUUAAGAAAAUAAUUAUACAUAAGCUAUUCCAUCGACAAUAACUUUUUAAUUUAAGAUUGCUUUUUAAAUACUUUAAUUAAUUAAAUAAUAACGAUUUUUUUCUUGGAUAAUUUUUUGACGCGAUUAUUUAUUUUUAUAAUCAUGCUUUUAUACUUGUUAUUUUUAAGGAUACUACUUCAUAUUUAAGUUAGUGUUUAAUAUGACUACAUAUUUUUAAAUAAUAAAAAAGUGAACAUGA